CAUUGACAAGCUCCCAGCGCCGGAAGCUCUUCGCAAUACUCGCUAAGCAACACAUGUGGAUAGAACAAUGCAUUCUGAAGGAUCCGGCGAUUAGUCGAGCCACCCUUUAGAGAUCUACACAAAUGUAUCCACUGGGUCAGCUAGCGCAGCAGUCAGCUUGUGGUGUGUUCCACACGUGUAAACCGCCCAACAACAGCGAGUAUUUUAGUACCAAGUGUGAAGAAACGGGAAGAAGAAGACUUUUUUUUAUAGAAAAUACUAGAUUCCUGUGUACCUCGAUUAAGGUGUUUCCUCUGCCACUAUGAAAUACAUCCUGGUCACUGGGGGUGUUAUAUCUGGUAUUGGUAAAGGAAUCAUUGCCAGCAGCAUAGGAACGAUUCUCAAAUCAUGUGGGCUACGUGUCACCGCCAUCAAAAUCGACCCUUACAUCAACAUCGAUGCUGGAACAUUCUCACCGUAUGAACAUGGCGAGGUGUUUGUGCUGGACGACGGAGGCGAGGUGGACCUAGACCUGGGCAACUACGAGCGGUUCCUGGACAUCCGUCUGACCAGAGACAACAACCUGACCACCGGGAAGAUCUAUCAGUCGGUCAUCAACAAAGAGAGGAAGGGAGACUACCUUGGCAAGACGGUACAAGUUGUUCCCCACAUCACAGACGCUAUCCAGGAGUGGGUGAUGAGGCAGGCCAAGGUGUCAGUUGAUGAAGACGGUGUGGAGCCGCAAGUCUGUGUGAUAGAGCUGGGAGGCACUGUGGGCGACAUAGAGAGCAUGCCCUUCAUCGAGGCCUUCAGACAGUUCCAGUUCAAGGUGAAGAGAGAGAACUUCUGCAACAUCCACGUCAGCCUGGUGCCACAGCCCAGUACCACAGGAGAGCAGAAAACCAAGCCCACCCAGAACAGUGUCCGAGAGCUCAGAGGGCUGGGCCUGUCCCCUGACCUGAUCAUGUGCCGCUGUUCUACGCCACUAGAAACCGCUGUGAAGGAGAAGAUCUCCAUGUUCUGUCACGUGGAGCCAACACAGGUGAUCUGUGUCCACGACGUGUCUUCCAUCUACAGGGUUCCCCUGCUCCUGGAGUCCCAGGGCGUGGUCGGUUACUUCUGCACUCGCCUGGAUCUGCCCGUGGAGACCCGGGCCAGGAAGAUGCUCACCAAGUGGAAGGAGAUGUCAGACAGAUCUGACCGGCUGCUGGAGCACGUGUCCAUAGCGCUGGUGGGGAAGUACACCAAGCUGUCUGACUCCUACGCCUCGGUCAUCAAGGCCCUGGAGCACUCUGCCCUCGCCAUCAACCACAAGCUGGAGGUCAAGUACAUUGACUCAGCGGACCUGGAGGCCGCCACUCUGCAGGAGGAGCCAGUCAAGUAUCACGACGCCUGGCACAAGCUCUGCGGCGCUGAUGGCGUGUUGGUACCGGGGGGCUUUGGCGUGCGGGGAACUGAGGGAAAGAUCCACGCUAUCAGAUGGGCUCGCGAGAAGAAGAAGCCCUUCCUCGGCGUCUGUUUAGGCAUGCAGCUGGCAGUGUGCGAGUUUGCCCGCAAUGUUCUUGGCUGGGCCGACGCCAACUCCACCGAGUUUGAACCAGAGUCCAAGCAUCCGGUGGUGAUCGAGAUGCCGGAGCACAACCCAGAGCAGAUGGGCGGAACCAUGAGGCUGGGCAAGAGGAGGACCAUCUUCAAGUCCAAUAACAGCGUCAUAAGAAAGCUGUAUGGUGAUGUGGAAUUUGUGGAUGAGAGACACAGACACAGAUUUGAGGUUAACCCAGAUCUGAAGCACCACUUCGAAGAGAAGGGCCUUCAAUUUGUGGGCGAGGACGUUGACGGAGAAAGGAUGGAGGUCAUUGAGUUGGAGGAUCAUGGCUACUUUGUGGGUGUGCAGUACCAUCCAGAGUUCACCUCCAGGCCCAUCAAGCCGUCUCCUCCCUACUUCGGUCUGCUGCUCGCGGCGGCGGGGAAGCUGCCGAGCUACCUGCUGAAGGGCUGUCGCCUGUCGCCACGGGACACUUACAGCGACCGCAGUGGCGGCAGCUCUCCGGACUCUGAGAUAGCUGAUCUGAAGUACCCCUCUUUGUCGUAGGCACAUCACAAGCCCUCCCGUCCACCUAAUCACAGACGGGAGUGCCUCGUCCUCUCUCUCGCAUGGGUCCCCAUCAUUCUGUCUGCCUCUGUACCUCAUGCCCUAUAGCUCAUUGGUCAAAAGAGCUGCCUCUCAUCUGGCUCUUAUUCAUGCACCUUACAGAGAAUAGAGGGGCGAGUGGGAAUACUGUUAUUCCAAAAGAAGAGCUCCCUCACGCAGCAACCAAGCGGUUUUUAUAGACGUUUGGACAUUUCCACAGAUGGCAAUAUGGUGAAUAUUUUAUCCUGCCUUGGGGAGCUGGUGCAAUCAACUCUGAUGUUUCUUCUGAGUUUUUUUUGUGUUGCAGUAAAAUGCAAAUGCUGUUGAAUUAACAUGUAAAUGUUAUGGGUGAAAUGCUUCCUUUGAGCGUAAUGGAGUUAUGUUGGCGAGCAGGGCUAAAUGCAUUACAGAAAAGGUGGAAUUCAUGGUCCUUGCACAAUGUAUUUUUUCAUGGAAUAUGCCAAGGUUAAAUUAUAUGGAAAUGAUGUAAUGGUAAUUUAUUUUAAGCAGUUACAGGAAAACAAUGUUUUAGCAGUAAUAUUUUAUUAUUAUCUGUAGUAUUUGGACAAACACGGCUGUGUUGACUUCAUAUUACCCCAUUUUUGUGUAAAAUGCAACUGUUACACAAAUGUAAUACUGUUCUACAUAGUCUGUGGUGAAAUAUUAUGCAUAUGCACCUCCAAGGACUUUAUUUUAGCUAUUUAUAAUAUCUUUCACUGCAUUGCAUUGCAUGGUGUGUGUGUUUGUCGAUCUAACGAAAAAUAUAACUUUUCCAUGCCUGAUAAAAAAAAUAACCCUAACCCGUUUGUUAAUUUAGCCACAAAAUAGACAAACCGUUAAUCUCCUGAUUGAUUUUACAUGACAAAUAGUGUUUACUUUUUAUUGUUAAAUUCAAUUAAAAUAAAACAUUGUGUUCUUUACUUUCAAA